AUGGACACAGAGGCCGAUCGCACAGCAGAGAAAAUUUCUGUUAACAAUGUUGAGAUAUAUUACGAAAAAUGUGGAAGCGGUCGAAUAGUUGUUCUUAUGAUUCCUGGAAUAUUUGGUUCAGGAAGUCGGGAUUUUGAACCACAAUUACGCGGCUAUGAUAAACAGGAAUUUACGCUUGUAGCGUUUGAUCCGAGAGGAUGUGGGCGUUCCGUACCCCCGCCGAGAGAUUUUCCAAUAGAUUAUCUUUCACGAGAUGCGAAUGAUGCUGCCAGAUUAAUGGAAUUGCUUGGAUUCAAUGAAUACUGCGUUCUUGGUUGGAGUGAUGGCGGAACUGCCGCUUCUAUAUUAGCAGCAACUUAUCCGGGGAGGAUUAAUAAACUUUGUUUGGGGUGCAAAUUCGUACGUUAA